GCCCCAGCCAUGAUGUUCCGGGAGCAGGUGGGCAUCGUGGCGGGCUGGUUCCGCGGCUGGAGCGAGUGCGAGCAGACGGUGGCGCUGCUGGCGCUGCUGAAGCGCGUGACGCGCACGCAGGCGCGCUUCCUGCAGCUGUGCCUCGAGCACUCGCUGGCCGACUGCGCCGACAUCCACCUGCUCGAGGCCGAGGCCAACAGCGCCGCUGCCAUCUCGCAGUGGCCCCAGGAGCCCGCCGAGGCCGCGGUCGCCCUGCUCCUGGCGCACCUGCCCCUGCUGCAGCCCGGCAACGCGGCGGCCAAGGCCGAGUACAUGAAGCGGCUGCAGAAGGUGCUGGCCGACGCCAUCGAGAGCAACCGCUGCGUGGAGGAGUCGCGGCAGCUGCUCUCGUACGCGCUCAUCCACCCCGCCACCACGGCCGACGACCGCAGCGCGCUCGCCCUGUGGCUGGGGCACCUGGAGGAGCGCCUGGCGCCCCCCGCCCAGCGCCGGCCCCCGGCCCACGAGUGGCCCCCCGAGCCCCCUGAGGCCGGCGGAGGAGGAGGCGCCGGCUGGCCCGAGCAGCAGCAGCAGCAGCACGGGACGGGGACAGGGACGGGGACGGGGACGGCGCCGCGGGAGAACGGGCACCCCGCCUUCCAGGGGGGAGGAGCCCUGCCGUGCCAGCUGCACCCCAGCCCCCUGAAGCGCUCGCUGGCCCUGGGGCCCGGCAGCCCCCAGCCCGGGCCUGGCGGUGACUGGGCCGGUUCUGGGGGGGGUCCCGAGGAGCCCCCCAACCCCGCGGGACCCCCCCAGCCCCGAGGGGCGCCCCAGGGCUUCGGGGAGCACGCGCCGCUGUCCCCCCAGAGCAGCGUGGCCUCGUCUGGCAGCGAGCACACCGAGGAGCGCAACUCCUUCCAGGAGGACGGCAGCGGCAUGAAGGACGUCCCCUCGUGGCUGAAGAGCCUCAGGCUGCACAAGUACGCGGCGCUGUUCGCGCAGAUGAGCUACGAGGAGAUGAUGACGCUGACGGAGCAUCACCUCGAGUCGCAGAACGUCACCAAGGGCGCCCGGCACAAAAUCGCCCUGAGCAUCCAAAAACUGCGGGAGAGACAGAGCGUGCUCAGGGCCCUGGAGAAGGACAUUCUGGAGGGAGGCAACCUGUGGACGGCGCUGCAGGAGCUCCAGCAGAUGUUGGGGACCCCCAUCAAGGCCUUCCGGCCCCCCCCGCCCCCAGGACCCCCCGACGGGGCCCCCCCCGAGCCCCCCAACCCCCCCCCGGCGGCCGAGGCCGAGCCCCCCGGGGCCGCCGUGCCCGAUGGGGACAUCCCGGGGCAGUUCACGCGGGUCAUGGGCAAAGUGUGCACGCAGCUCCUGGUGUCGCGCCCCGACGAGGAGAACAUCUCCAGUUACCUCCAGCUGCUCGAGAAGUGCCUGAGCCACGAGGCGUUCACGGAGACGCAGAAGAAGCGGCUCCAGUCCUGGAAGCAGCAGGUGCUGAAGCUGCUCCGAGCCUUCCCCAAGAAGGGGCCCCUGGACGGCCCCCCCGGAUACCGGCCCCCCAAAAGCUGGGCCUUUGGCUCCAACUCUCUCCCCAUAGCUGGCUCUGUGGGGGGGGGCGGCGGGGGGGGGGGUCGCCCCUUUGCGCUGCCCCCCCGGGCCCUGCCCCCGCCCCCCACCCGCCUGGGACUGCUGGGACCCCCCGGGGGGGCCCCGGCCCCCAGACCCCCCCCCCUGGGAGCGCCCCCCGCCCUGGGCACGCAGGGACGGCAGAGCCUGUGGUUCGGGGCCGGGGGGGGCGCGGGGGGGUCCCCCGGGAGCCGCGGGGCCGUGCAGAGAACGCACUCGCUGCCGGUGCACAGCUCGGCGCUGCUCGCCUUCCCCAGGAGUGCCCACCCCCCCGGGACUGACCUGGAGAUCAACCCCACGCUGGAGUCGCUGUGUCUGAGCAUGACCGAGCACGCCCUGGGCGACGGCACAGACAAGACCUCCACCAUCUGAUGGCGCCGCCGCCCCCUCCCAAAUGGGGGGGCACCUCCUGACCCCCCCUCCCCACCC